AUGCGUGUCCGAGCGGCACGGCCACAAAGCCGAGCACGCGUGACGGUCACGGUCGCGCAGUCCACAGCCAUGGGCGCCCACCGCGCGCACUCUGCCGAACCCAUCCUCUCCCUCCCCUGGUCGCGAUCGCCGGGUCACAACGAGUCAUUUCGCCGCGAGACCCUAAACGGGCAGCGACUGAUAGAAUUCCGAUUGGGACAUGAGGCGGAGAGCGAGCAGGGCCUGGCGGUGGCGCGGGCCGAGCUCAUGGUGCGCGCCGAGGUGCCGCGCGCCCGCCGGCCGCGCUACACGCUGUGGGCCUUCACCGUAACGGGCAACGGCAGCGCGGCGAGGGUCGGACCCUUGGCCGGGGCGACGCGCGGCGCGGCGCGCGCCUGGCAGCGGCUGGACGUGACGCGCGCGGCCCGCCGCUGGGCGGAGGGAGGCGCGCGCGCGCCGCUGCGGCUGCUCCUCGACUGCAGCGGCUGCGCGGGGCGGGUGCGGCUGCGGCUCGGCGGCGCCGCGGCGGCGCGCCCCCUGCUGCGGCUGACGAUCGCCGGCCGAGCGCCGCGCCGCCGCCGCGCGCUCGACUGCGACGCGGCGGCGCGCGGCCGCUGCUGCCGCCAGACCUACUACGUGAGCUUCCGCGCGCUCGGCUGGGACGACUGGAUCGUGGCGCCCGAGGGCUACUACGCGAACUACUGCCGCGGCGCGUGCGCGCCCUUCCUCAACUACCACGCGCAGGUGGUGGAGGCGGCGAGGUUGGAGCGCGCCGCGUGUUGCGCGCCCGUGCGCUUCUCCGCGCUCUCGCUCAUCUACUUCGGCGCCGACUCCAACAUCAUCAAGCGCGACCUGCCCGAGAUGGUGGUCGAGGAGUGCGACUGCCCG